UUCUAUUCCGCCGGGCUGGUCGCAAUGAACGGGCGUGGGAGCAGUGCACGGCAAAGGAGCAACCAGAGCGGGACUCGGCCAUCAGGGGGAUGCGGCAUCGGUACGCGGGAGCUGUCUAUCAGCACCAGAUCCCCCAGCAGAAGCGAGCCAGCAGCAGCAACAGCAGCAACGGCAGCAGCAGCAAGCCGAGCGGGGAGCCAGACGCGCCUGUUUUCAGCCUGCCGCCCCCGCCCUCUUCUUGUCACCACCGCGACCGCGCUUCGACUACCGACGUUCACCGGCGGAGCCUCCAGGAGCUCCCGUGCGUGAGCCAGCCCACACCGAGAGCGCCGCACGGCAGAGACACGCCGCCUCGGGCGGGCUCCCGCGACAGCGCCCGCCGAGAGCGAGGCGUCACCGAAGGCAGCACCGGGGAGCCGGCCACUUUGAAGCAGGAGCCCUGGGCUCCGGCCCCGGUUUUUUCAAACUGCCACUGCAGUUUUUCCACGCAGGAGGCGACCCAUUCACAAAACCAGCACCAUCGCGUCGUCGCACCACCGCAGCCCUCCCCACCUUUCCCCCCGCCUAUACCGCCACCACCGAUCACCACCUCCUCCUCCUCACUGCUGUUUUCUCGGGAAUCCAAACGGGGUGAUCGUCUGGGAAGGAGUGACAAUAAUUACCAACAGGCAAGCAUCGUGGAACGCUGCAGGGGAGGAGGAGGAGCAGUGGGGCAACGAGACCACAGGCAGUUGCAGCAGCAACAGCAGCAAGAGCAGAAGCAGCAGCAGCAGCACUGUCAUCCAAGACUCCCACAGAGGGACUCCUCCCCUGAAGGAAUCUGUGCAAACUCACAGAAAAGGUGCACUGACAGAAGAGCGCUCGAGCCUCAGACGCAGGAGCAACAGAUACCACAAUUAAGAGCGCGGCAGCAGCUACUAGUGGGCAGUAGCUUGCCUAUCAACCACUGCGCCAGUGGCUCUGAGCUAUGUAGAACUCACCAAGCUCCACUGCUGCAACGGCAGCAGCAGCCGCCGCCGCCGCAGCAGCAGCAGCAACAGCAGCAGCCGCCGCCGCCGCCGCAGCAGCAACAGCAGCAACAGCAACAACAGCAACAGCAGCAGCAGCAGCAGCAGCAGCAGCAACAGCAGGAGCAACAGCAGAAGCAGCAGCAGUGGCAGCAGCAGCAGCAGCAGCGGCAGCAGCGGCAGCAGCAGCAGCACCAACAUCAGCAGCAGAGCACACCGGGGCAUCACUGUGAAGCCCGAGACCGCAAUAAGUACGCGAGGACCCCCGCACCAGGCGACCCGCACGGCGCAACGCCCCCGGCGACAGAGCAGGCGGACGCGGCCAAGUCGAGCGCGACUGGCAGCAGCAACCACAGCAACAGCAACAGCAGCAGAGAGAGCCCUAACUACGGCUCCAGCUAUCACCUGUGGCCCGAGAGCCCGCAUAAAGGAGAGGAGAGCAUACGCAUCGAGCUUCGCAAGGCCACUACUGAGAAGAAGAAGCUGAACCAUGCUGGAUCCAAGCCCUCCCUCUCCGAGAGCAGCGUACGACUCCCUCAGAUAGCUAUGAACACCUGCAAGUACAAUGGCGGCGUGGUGAGACCACUCGUGGGCAGUCUGGCGUCCUCGUCGCGCCGCAACCUCGCGGAGCUUGACUCGGAAACGCAGCCCCUGCAGACGCUGCACAGCUCUGGCCUGGAGGUGGUAGUGUCCAAGGGAAAUGGCGGUGAAGACCCCAGCAAGGCGUCCAACGAAAGCUUGGUCAGGGAGGGAAGCGGGCGCGGCGGAGGUAGGGCGCCCCAAAAGAAAAACAGAGACAUUGGCUACAAACUGGGCCACCGGAGGGCGCUGUUCGAGAAGCGGAAGCGUCUUAGUGACUACGCGCUCAUCUUUGGAAUGUUUGGGAUCGUUGUCAUGGUGACGGAGACUGAACUGUCAUGGGGGGUUUACACGAAGGAAUCUUCAUAUUCAUUUGCACUGAAAUGCCUUAUCAGCCUUUCCACUGUUAUACUGCUUGGUCUUAUAAUAAUGUACCAUGCACGGGAAAUCCAGCUGUUUAUGGUGGACAACGGUGCAGAUGACUGGAGGAUAGCCAUGACCUAUGAGCGGAUCUUCUUCAUCGUGCUGGAGCUGCUGGUGUGUGCCAUCCAUCCCAUCCCCGGCCAGUACGUCUUCACGUGGAAGGCCCGUCUGGCUUUUACGUACGCGCCAUCCGUGGCGGAUGCCGACGUGGACAUCAUCCUCUCCAUCCCCAUGUUCCUGAGACUCUACCUGAUCGGCAGGGUCAUGCUACUUCACAGCAAGCUGUUCACGGACGCUUCGUCUCGCAGCAUCGGCGCCCUCAACAAAAUCAACUUCAACACGCGCUUUGUCAUGAAAACGCUCAUGACCAUCUGCCCGGGAACUGUGCUGCUAGUGUUCAGUAUAUCGUCCUGGAUCAUUGCUGCAUGGACCGUGCGCGUCUGCGAGAGGUAUCAUGACAAACAGGAAGUGACGAGUAACUUUCUGGGAGCCAUGUGGCUCAUCUCAAUUACCUUCCUCUCCAUUGGCUACGGGGACAUGGUACCGCACACGUACUGUGGGAAAGGCGUGUGUCUGCUUACAGGGAUUAUGGGAGCUGGCUGCACUGCACUUGUGGUUGCAGUGGUGGCCAGGAAGCUGGAGCUGACCAAGGCAGAGAAGCACGUUCACAACUUCAUGAUGGACACGCAACUCUGCAAACGAGUAAAGAACACAGCUGCCAAUGUACUCAGGGAAACAUGGCUCAUCUAUAAACACACCAAGUUGGUCAAGAAGAUUGAUCACGCCAAGGUGCGGAAACACCAACGCAAGUUUCUCCAAGCCAUUCACCAACUGCGUAGUGUGAAGAUGGAGCAGAGGAAGCUCAACGAUCAGGCCAACACCUUGGUGGACCUAGCGAAGACCCAGAAUGUGAUGUACGACCUGGUGUCAGAACUCCAGGAGCGCAGCGAGGAGCUGGACAAACGAAUCGGCACAUUGGAGGACAAGCUGGACUCUGUGACGGGCAGCCUGCAGGCGCUGCCCUGCCUCAUCUCCCAAGCCAUAACCCAGCAGCAGCAGGACUUCCUGGACGGCUUUGUUCACCGCUUCCGACCCGCCUCGCUAGCCUCCGAGCGCUCCGAACGCUCAGAGCGUUCGUGGACGUCCACCACCCGCAGGCGGCGCUCGCCGUCCACCGCACCACACACCUCCUCCGAUAGCGGAUAAGAAGCACCUUUCCGUAUCCAUCUCCUCAUUUUGUUCUUCUUCCCUCUCAAAGAGUCCGUCGCCGGACUGAUGUUGAGCCCAUAUCCUGACCUCCCUCUCCCCGUAACACCGAUUAAAUCCAAAAACCCAUCUCUCUCCCGCUGUGACUGAGUGUUUCAGCGCACGACUGGAUCAGUGCAACUAAAAAAAAGAAAAGAGUGGGGCGGGGGAAGAAAUCCCCCCAAAAAAGACAUCUGAACAACAAAAAAAGAAACAAAAGGAAAAAGACUAAUAAACCGAGAUAAAGUAGAGAUAUGGUUUAUGUUUUAGCCAUUGUAUGGCUGUUCAAGUUAGCUUUUUUUGUAAAAGCCCUUAAAAAUUGACUGAGGUCAGGGUCACUGGGGUGAGAGCUGGCUAUCACACCGGAGAGUCCUUAACCACCUGGGGGAGGGGGCGGGGCAUGAACGUGGUUGUAUUCGGUGAGGAGGGUGAGACAAAACUUUGGAUUCCUCUUUCAAAAGACCGGUGUCAUGGAUUCUUUCCCGUAGGUUAGCUGCUAACGCUUUGGAGAGGAGCAACGUGUCCCACGCCAGCCGAGCGCGACGGCAUUACUACUGGGUAGGAAAAAAAAAGUACACAAUUGCCAACUUCAAGGUUUCAACUUCCUUGUUCUUACCAAGGGAAAAUGAGAGCGACUAUCUUUUUUAGUUACAUAUUGACAUGUGAUUUUUCAGUGCCUGAAUGUAUAAAUAGUAGAGGGUUAUUUAAUUACUAAUUUCAGAGCUUUUUUACGAUGUUAACAGUCUGACUUACAGCAUUGCAUUCCCUUUUCAGAUACAUUCCUCUCCGAAUAUCAAAAGAUCUUAAAAUGAUGCAUCACAUGGCCUCUGUUGAGCAACCUUGCUUUGAGAAUCGUUUUUCUUUUCUAUUUAUACUAACAACAUUAGGGGGGGGGAAAUGGAGAAUGUUCCGAGAGCGAGCGAAAGUGUCUUUUAUGUGUGUUUGUAUGAAAAUGAAUUCACUUUUAGCUCAAUGCUGCACACCCAUACAUAACAUUUAGUGCACCUUCCUCAGUGUCGCUAAUUAGAGCCACGGCACUCGAAAGAUAAUGGCUGCUGGUGUCAACAGUCAAAAGUGAGUGAAAGGGAGCAGAAAAAACAACAACAACCUGUCCCUUCGCAUGGUUCUGUGCAAGAAAAUGAUAGUUGAGCGUACUGUUCCCUGGAUGGCUUGCUAACUCGAAAUGAUUUGCAAUUUUUAUAUAUAUGUCCACUAUUUGAUUGUGUUUGUCACUUCUUUUUUUUUUUUUUACAGAAAAUUACUUUUUGUAGCACCUAGAGAGUUGCACUAAAUACAAAUUCUGUAAAGCGUUCCCUGUUUAAAAACAAAAGGCAAAAGAAAAUAAUGGUUAUAAAAAGAAAUUCUGAAAGGACGUGAAUAAAAGUAGUGAAAAAAAUGUCAUGGCUACAAAAUAUUGAAUUGGUCCCUGAGCAAUUUCAAUCCAAAAAGAAGAAAAAAAAAAAAACGUUUGUUUUGUUGGAAAUUCAAAUGAAGCAAUGUGAAGAAUAAGUUUUAAGAUAAGAGUUUUAAAAUCCACUUUGAGUGAAUUCGGAGAAUCAUUAGUUUACAUUUCGAAAGGUUAUCAAAAUUAGAUUUUAAGAGUGGCAUUUCUUAACAAAGUACUGGGAGUUUUGCUGGAAUAUCAGCCAUGGAAAAAUCUGGAACCAUUCCCAUUGGAACAAAUGAAACCAACAUGAGGAAAAUAAUGAACUAACAAGAUUUUUUUUUUUUUAGUUGCACAUCACUGUUUUUAAAAUCCUUUCAAAAGAAAGAAUUUAUAUAUAUUAAAAAAACAGAUUUUUAUUUUGACAAGAAUUUUGGGACACUGGAUUACGGCGACAUGAUUUUGAAAAAAUACUCAAAAUUAUAAGUUUUUUUCUUCAACAUUGUUAUUGCAAUCAGGUCCUUUUCCCAUAUAUUUUUCUCAACAAAUAAAUUCGAUUAAUUGUUCGGACCCACCAUUGAGUGUUCCAUUUAAGAACAUAUCCCCCCACCCCGCCCCUUCAAGCUUGAAUUGAUGAAGCAUGACUCCCCCUAUGCCCACCUCGAGCUCCUUGUACAGUGCGACACUCCUCUGCCCCACUCGCAUCAACGAAUGUCAUUAUGGCUUCCCUUUCAAUCAAUGUCAUACGAUUACUUAGGACGACUAAUGGCGAGCGGCUUGAUGCCUGUUCAUGUCUCAUGCUUCAAUCUCCUUAUUACGUCGUGAGGUUUAGCCUCGUGUUUGUCAUCUGUCAUCAUUAUCGAUAUGAGUCACACAAAGCGGCUUCCAAAAUGGCCUCUAGUAAAGAUCUCAAAAUCGAAAAAGAUAACUACAACAGGAGGGGAACCCUCAGGUCGUGCUUUGUGAGUGUGUAAUAUUUGGUUACGCAGGGUAGGAAGGUCCGAUGCUGUCAUCAUACCAAAGAGGGAAAACAGAAAGAUGAGCGAUGAUUCAUAAUUUGUGUGCCGGCAGAGUGAAUAUUUUCAAAGACUAAUACAAAAGAGUAAAAGACAAAUUUGAGUGAAACAUUUUUGUUUUACUCCCAAGUGGAUCUCAAGCAAUUCGAAUAGUUCACUCAAAUGAACUGAAACCUUUAAACAAUUUCCAGGAGGCCAUAUGAGUUUCCCUUUUUGAAUUGAACUAUUGAGAUGAAUUCAAUUUCCCAUAAUAUUCCGAUUGAUUGAUCUACUGAUGUUACCAAAAAUAUCUAUAUUCGCUCCUACUCAAAUGCUUUAAAUAAUUUCAAAACUUUUUCCAUCAUUAAUGUGACCUACAACCUGUAGAGGUCAAUUGAAAUUUGAGAAAUCUACUGAGAUAAGUGUUAAACACUUGUGCAACCCGUCCAUCCAUUUUCCAAAUCGCUUAUCCAGUUUUUUUUUUUUCCAAUUGACUUGUAGAGGUUAGAUUAUUAAUAUUGGAACAAUAUCGGAAAUUAUUUAUCAUGGUUUCAAUUUUUCAUAUCACAAAAAUGGCAUUUGAACAGGAAUGACUAUGACAUACAAAGCCCUGCCAAAACACAAUUUCGGAAUUAACUACCUGGUCAAUUUUCUCUUCUUGAAAACAUUUUAUAUUAAAAGUCAGGGGCUUGCAUUGGUAUUCCGAUGGUAUUAGAUAAGCAGUCUUUUAUCACCCUGAGAGGAAAUCAACACUUUAUUGAACAAUAACACUCACCUAAAAUGAAAUGUAACCCAUCUGUUGUUCUGUGCACAUUGCCUCGUGAUGCAUAACGUACACGCUAGCGCAGGGAUACGUUCAAUGAAUGGAAAAUGGGUUGGUUGGACAUGUUCUCUGUAUGCACUUUGCUGAUUUUUAAUUUUGCAGGUCAACUGUUGUCCUAGUAAGGAGAGACACCAAGGUCACAACAUUAAAGACUUUCCCAAUCGA